CAGACAAGAACAUUUGCGGUGGUCUGAGAGCUUCUGUUUUUUAAAAAAACCAGAACGAACGCCUAUGAUUUAUUUUCCAUGCAACACAUCACCAAAAGUGCUGUGGAACACACGAAAGAGUUUUUGAAGGUGCUCUCUGAUUUAAGAUGACCAUGUUAGCAAAGAUAACACUAUAUACAGUGAUUUUGGUUCACCUAGUUUUAAUCUGUCGUGGUGGGGAUCAGUCCGACUUCGAGCACGUAGGUAGGUGAUCUAUAUCACGUAAAUUUCUACGAAGCUAGAAUUACCUCUGCGUCUUCAUAUUAAGUUCAGACGUCGAAUAUUGCAGACUGAUGAACUUCAUUACGACAAACCGUUGAAAAAUUGCCAGCGCAUGACCGAAUGCUGCGUUGAACAUGUAAGAGACCUAUCUCACCAUGGCGGUGAUGGCGAAAAAAUAAGCGUAACUAUGGGUUUGCACGUGUACCAGAUAACAUGGCACAUUCAAGAGAACACAAUUCACACAAGAGGAUAUAUUUAAUCGCUGUCUUCUUCAUACAAACCAUAUGAAAUCACUACCUUCUGUGCAUUUAACGGGAAGGUAAGUCCAAAGGGCAAAUUUUCAAUCGGAACUGUUUUGACGCCGCCAGACGCAGUGAAUCAUCCGCCAAGUUCGUCGAGACAAUUAUGAGUUCGUUAUUUUAGAACAUUUGCUCGAAACAGAGGCAAAAAUUUAUUUGCAAAAACUUAUUUUUUUAAUAAAUGAAGAUGAUAAGUAUCCGUGCGCAGAGCGCUUCUAGGAAAACACUUAACCCCAUAAAUUCUUGAAAUGACUGACGAAGAGGGGAAAAUUUUUGGCUUGUUCUUUGAAUUAAGUAGCGUGCUCUGCGCUAUGUCACGAGCACACUCAACACUGAUGAUUUUAAAAGCAAAUAUCCUGUUUUCUGAACGAUGCCCAGAAUGUAAUUUCUCGUCUCUAUAUCAAUACAUUUUCAAAAAAAAAAAAGUUGAUGAGACGAACAUGUAAACAUGAAAAUGUUUUCCUGAUAUAAAACUGAAUUCUCUCUGAAUUUUCCUGUAACCUUUAUUUAUCUCCCAUCCUCCCCAUUUGAAUGUUGCCUGGUUUUACGAAAUGAUCACAUAUUCCUGUAACAUUGAUAAAGGGAAAAGGGAGGACUUGCAAGCAAUCUAUUAUAAUAUUUAUAUUAUAAUAGGUUGUGUAUAGGUUGUAUAAUAUAUCAUGAGAUAAUAUUUAUUAUGUCGAGUGAAUGUUUUUCGCCCACCCAGGAGGGGAGGUGUGCCAACUACUUUUGUCACUCAUUGGCUCACGGCAGCCUCCUGCGCAGCUAUUCUCAGACUUGUCACGCAACGCUUCUCCUCAGCGAACGUUGACUAAGUAGCGUUGCGUGACGAAUUUGAGAACGGCUGCGAAGGAGACUAGGGUCAAGGGUACUUCUAAUGAAGAAAGACCUAAACCUAUUUCUUCCUUGAAAACAAUUUUCAAUAACCAUUAUUUUUAUCUAGCUUUAAGUAUAUUUUAUCUUUGAUAAUAUGGUAUAAGAAUAAAGGAUUGAUGUGCAACAUCAUUACAUUGACUGUUCCCGUUUUUAUUUUUUUUCCUUCAAUAUUUCUCACAAAACAAAAUAAACUUUUCACAGAAUUAGAGAGCAAAUUGUAUUUAUCACCUGGGGUCAAUGAGGAGAUCAGGUAAAUUUUAUCCAUUCGGAUGUUAACGAAGUUACGUUGACUUGUCACAAUUUAUUUAUUUUCAUUUCAUUAGUCACCGAGGAAUACUGGAACGAAGUUGAAGAACAAGACAAUCAAGGCAACGAAGGUAAACCAAAGGUAGAAUAAAUCAAGAAAUAUUAUCGCCGUGAGGCUUUGAAUUGUAACAUUUUAGGUCUCAAGGGAAUUCCUAGCCUAAUCUUUUGCAAAUUAUGCGAACAUAUGCAUGUGAAAAAGGGGAAAUUUGAAAGAAAUUGUACUCUGGAGUAUUAUCACGUGAAAUAAAAGCGGUAAAAAAAGUGAUGUAUGGAUUUCCGGAAUAGACGAGUCUCAAAAAUGUUCCAGUAUAUCUAAAAUCAAAGGGUACGUUUUGUCUAAUAGUGUUACUAAGGUAAAGAAUUUUGACUAAAGCUGGCAGCUGCAUAACGAAUUAUUUUUCUCGAGUCUUCCCCGCUGAUUACUUGAUGUACUGCAGUUUUGUUAAAAUAUGUUUUUGUUGGCAGAAACAAUCUGUUGGUUCAACGAUAGAAUCCUACGAGUUGGCGAAAAACUGAGCAACAAUUGUGUUUGCAGGAAGUCUGGUUAUAUUGUGUGCCCGUAGCGUUUAAAG